UUCAGGAGAUGCUGCAGGUGGCUCGCGAGUGUUCUGCCGGGGAUGGUGCGUCCGCUGCUCGCCUCCUGAGCUUCGGGGAGAUCUGUCUCUUAGCCUCUGAGCUACAGCAAUGCUACGACAAAGAGACGCCCCAACCCCCCCUCCUCUCCAAACUGUCAGAGAAAACAUGCGGAGAGAAGAAGAGAAUUGAGAGGAAAAUGUCGAAGUCCUCACCCAAGUAUGAGGUUUUCCUUGGGGGCUCGUGUAACCCCACCACCUGGCGGCAGAAGGUGGCGAUCCCCAUGCUCAAGGACCACGGCAUAUCCUUCUACAACCCGCAAGUCUCUCACUGGGAGGAGGCGCUGGUCGAGGUGGAGUACCAGGCCAAGCAGACGGCCUCGGUGGUGUUCAUCGUGCUGGACCGACACACCCGGAACGUGGCGUCCAUGGUCGAGGCCGCGUACAUGGCCGGCUGCCGACGCAAGCUGGUGGUGGUCAUGGACUCGUACACCGGACCGGGCCAGCUCAUCAACGGGGAGCCGAUCUCGGAGCGUGAGUACCAGGACCUGACCAGCGGCUUCAAUACGGUCAGGGACUUGGUGGAGCGACAGGAAAUCCCGGUGUUUGGGGAGAUCACGCACGCCCUCAACUGCACGGCCAAGAUCCUGAGGGAGGACAUUUACCCGCAGGACCUGGGCAGCGAGGACGACGUCAAGCCUGUCAAAUACCCGUACCUGCAACUGGACGACAAACUGCUGAAAAUUCACGACGCCUUCAUCAACACCAACUCAGAGCAGAUCACGUUGGCCGAGGCCCAGGUGGUGUACAAGAUGGUCACGAACAAGGAGCUCACUAACGAGGAACUCCAGAUGAUUGUAGCGUUUAAGAAAGGUAUCGACAUCCAGGAGCUGAACGGGAUGGAGUUGCCGUUGGGCCUCUGGGACAUCCUGAGUCGGAUGUCCCAGCGAGUCAUUGGUUGGGCAAUCCCUCGUCGGCCGGUCCGCUCCAUCUCCACCAGCAGCAGUAGCAGUAGCGGCAGCACCACCAGCACCACCAACACUAACAACAGCACCAGCGGAAACAGCGGCGGCAGGGACAUCUAUCUCGGAGGCUCGGUGGGGGAGAGAGUGACGUGGAGGGAAGAGCUAGCUGUCCCCUUACUCCUGAAAAACGGGCUGUCGUAUUUCAACCCAGCCGCCUCCUCGCGCUGUUCCUCGGGCCGCCUGCUACCCAUGGAGGCUGUUCUCAUGGAGCAUUCCCGGGUGUUGCUGUUUGUGAUCACUGACACCACCAGGGGAGUCUCCGCAAUGACCCUGGCAUCUCACUACAUUGGUCUGGGCUGCAAUGUUGUGCUCUGCGUCCAAAUGCUCACCGAAAGUUCUCUAGUGGACGGCGAACAGCUCUCCAGACAUGCACUCAAGGACUAUAACAGGGGUCGGACAUACCUCGUAGACCAGGCCAAGAAGGACGGGAUCUCGGUCUAUUCGGACAUCCAGGAAGCCCUCGAGUGCGCCGUGGCUAAGGCCCAAGCGAGAUAGUGGCCCCGGGACCCUUAGGCAGCAUGGAAAAGGGCCCUUGUACCCUUAAACCCAAAAGCCCACUGAUAUUGUGACUCUGGUGGCGAAGGUCGAGGGCGAGGGUCUUGCUUUCGCCUUCGACCCCGACUGCUCAAAAGUGACUCGUAAAGCAGCUGUUUGGUGUUCUCCCAUUCGCCGAUGGGAAGGCGCGAGUGUGAGGGGAUGUGGCGAGUGUCUGGGGGUGUUAUUUAUUGUUUGGUUGGCGUGUGGUGGCUCUGUAGCGAUGGUUGAGGUGGUUAACGAGGGAAGGACAGGUACGGGAUUCUCUCUCUUCGACACACCUGGUUUUUACUUUCCUCUGUUGCACCGCCUCUGUUGCUUUCUAUGCCACACCUGUUAUGGAAGACGGAGAGAGAGAAAGAGAGAGAGGGAAGGAAGAAGAGACGGAAAGAAAAGGAAAAGAAGGAGGACUAAGAGAAAGGAAGAUAGAAUAGACAGAAAGAGGAGGAAAGAAGAAAGAUUGAAGAGAGAAAGCUAGAAUCGAAAGGAAGAAGAGAAAAGGAAAGAUAAGGAAGAUUGAAAGAGAGAUGGAGGUAGAAGAAGAGACAGGGAGAAGAGAGAAAAGGAUGAAAUAUAGAGAAACGGAGCUGGAAAUGACAGGAAAAAGAGAAGAGGAGAAAGAAAAUGAAAAAUGAAAAACAAAGUGAAGAAGAAAGAGAUUAAACUCCUCUCACACUUAAUAGACAAAGAGCAGCUGUCUUCUAUUGUUGACUUAUUGAAGCAACUGAAAAUAAGUGAAGCAAUAAACUUUUAUGUGAAGAAAACUUAUUAUUUUUUUCUUCUUCUGAUGGCAGCCAAGAGAUGAAACCAAGUGCAGUUAUAUCUUACAGGGAGAGAAAUAAACAAAUAAACAAACAAAUAAACAAAAACAUGACUAAAAGAAAAGCAGGAAAAUAAAGGAAAAUAGGAAAAUGAUAGUUAGGGAUAUAAAUGUGUGUAUGAACCUAUAUUUUCUUUUCCUUUUUUUUCCUUUUUUGGGGGGUGAAGUUAUGAAUGGGGGAAAAUAUAAAUGAAUGUGUAUUUAGUUGGAAAAUGAAAAUAUGAGGAAGGAAAAUAAAUGAAAAGAUAGGAAAAGAAAAAGGAAACUAGAGAAAAAGAGAUUGAGAGAAUGGAAAGGAAAAAAAUAUUAAAAACUUGUCUUGUGGGGAAAUAUGAGGAAAGAAGGAAAAUAUUAAAAGAGGAAAAUAGAGAAAUCACAUAUGCAAAAAAAAUAUAUCGAGAAAAAAUGAGAAAAAAAAAGUAGGAAGAAAAAAAUGAAAAGGAAUGAGGAAAAUGAGGAAAAUAUAGGAAAAUAAAGAGGGAAAGGAAAGUUGUGUUAGCAGUGUUGUCUCUCAUUGCAAAGCGUUAGAAAGAAAAUGGGUCCAGAGUGUUACAUGUGUCGAGUUUGGAAGGGAUGACUAAAGAAAAAAAAUUGUAUUGCUUGAAGAAGAAGAAAAGAUGAAGAGAAAUGAGAGAGAAAGGAAGAAAAAUUUAUUACUAACAGAAGAGAAAAAUUGUAUUACUAAGAAAGAGAAGAAAAAAGUUUGGGAAAUGUUAGAGAAAGGAAGAAAAAUGUAUUGAAGAGAAAAAAUAUAUUACUUAGACAGAGAAGAAAAGGUGAAGAUAAAUUAGAGAAAAAGGAAGAAAAAAUAUUACUAAAAGAAGAGAAAAAAUAUAUUACUAAGAAAGAAGAAAAAAGUUGAGGAAAUAUUAGAGAAAAGGGAAAAAAAUAUGUAUUACUAAAAAAAGAAGAAAAGGUGAAAUAGAAAUGAGAGAAAAGGUGAAUAGAAACAAGAAUAGAAGAGAAAAAAUGUAUUGAUGAAAGAAGAGAAAAAAUGUAUUACUAAGAAAAUAUGAAAAAAGUGAAGGAAAUGAAAGAAAAAAGGGGAAAAAAACUCAUUGUAAUUUUCUCUGCUCAUUUCCUUUUCACAUUCAGUAGAAAAAAAAGAAAAAAAGGAAAAGCUGAUAAAGAAGAAAAUAGAAAAAAAGAAGAAAAAAGUAAAAAGAAGACAAGAGAAUUCAUAUUUUAAGGAAAAUUAAUAAUGUAUAGAAUAAUGAAUGAGAGAGAGAGAGAGAGAGAGAGAGAGAGAGAGAGAGAGAGAGAAUUGUACAUACUGAAUACUUUAACAAAUCCGAUUGGUUGGUGGAAGUUAGUUGGUUUGUAAUGUAAUUUUUUUUUUCCAUAGAUGGCUGCUCCCCCUCACCCCCUAUUACCCCCCCCCCUCCCCCCCUCCAGGCAGCAUCUUCAAGGGACGCUAUCUCAGGUUUACGGUUGAAAUAUUAUAGUCUGGCCUCGCACGGGACUCGGGGGAAAGAAAACGGGAAGCGGAGAAAGAAAACGGGACGCGGUUGGUGACUGAUUCAUGGAUUGUCUGAAUAUAUCGUAGUACUUAUUAUAUCGACUUACUUGAUGUUAUAUGUAGAUGAGAAACGAUACUUCAUCUCUCUUUUAUUAACUAGACGUAUGUAACAUCGUAUCCACUUAAAGAAUUGAAAAAGAGCAAAUAAAUAAAUAAAUAAAUAAAGACAAGACGUAGAGCUAAAAGAAGAAAGUAAUUGAAGUCCAGAUGAUACAAUAAAAAAGACGAGAACAAGACGUAGUGGAUAGUACAUUUUAAUUAAGGAUGAAAAAUUAAAAUAUUGGAGUAAAAAAAAAUAUACAAAUCAACAGUAACGAAAAGAAAAGUAAUAUCAUCAUUAUUAUAUUGAUGAAUUAAUUUGUAUCUUAGUAAAGUAUGUGUAUUUUUUUUAUUUAUUUAUUUAUUUAUUUUUUUUUUUUUUACCAAAGUUGACAAAAAUACGAUUCAAAAACACGUAUUUCUAAUCUGGUAAAAUUAUCAUUGUUGCUACUGCUACUACUACUACUACUACUACUACUACUACUACUACUACUGUCAUCAUUACCAACCCGUCCCUCCCUUCCCUCCCCCGCUCCGUGCCGGCCAAGACUGGGUCAGCAUCAGACGUAGUACAAGACUGGGCGGCAGAAGACCUUCGUGUUGGCAACUGUGUAGGGCUGUAGGCGUAGCUAUAGGGAGAGAGAGAGAGAGAGAGAGAGAGAGAGAGAGAGAGAGAGAGAGAGAGAGAGAGAGAGAGACUUUUUGUGAAGUUACGAAUGUGGGAAAAAAAAUGUUAUUGAAAAGGAAAAGAAAAUGGAGAAGGAAAGUGUGAAAAUGAAGAGAGAGAGAGAGAGAGAGAGAGAGAGAGAGAGUACGGUAUAUAUAACAGAAGGAUUGCAAAGAAAAACGAAGGAAAGGGAUGAAAGAAUGCGAAAGAGAGAGAGAGAGAGAGAGAGAGAGUUGCACUGUGUUAUCUCUCGAUUCUCACUAGGUUGUACGAAUAUAUAAAAAAAAAAUCACACAAUUCAACUUACAUAUAUUUUCCGUUUCUUUUUUUUCUCUCUUUUUUUGGGUGUAAAUAUAUAUGUAUGUGUGUGUUUGUGUGUGUGUUCGUGUGUGUGUGUCACUUUUCACAUUCCCGUUUGUAAAGUGUUUGUUAUUAUUAUCAUUAUUAUUGUCAUUAUUAUUAUUAUUAUUAUUAUUAUUAUUAUUAUUAUUAUGUAUUUCAAAGGCAGCUUCAUCCUUUUUUUCCGCCCAAUAACUCAGCUUUUUCUAAUGUAUUUUUUUGUUUAUUUUUCGAUUUAUUUUUAUUUUUAUUUCUUCCGUGACCAUACGUACACAUAUAUACAUACAUACAUACAUGCAUACAUACACACGCGUACAUACAUGGGACAGAUAAUCUUACUUUCCUCUACUUUCUUCUUACUUUAUUACUUUUUUUCUUCGUUUCUUACUUUCUUUUCACAUCUUUCAACUUUCUAUAUUUCCGUUACUUUCUUUACUUAAUUCUGCCAACUUUACUUCUAUCUAACUUUCUCCUCUUAUUUUUUUUGCAGUCUUACUAAAAAAAUUUACUUUCCUACUUUUCCUCUUUCGUUAUUACUUUCACACAUUUCUUUAUAUCUUACUUUCUCCUCGCUCUUUAUUUCUCUUCAGUUUUACUUUUUACUUUCCCAAUUCUUUUCCUCUUUCGUUCUUACUUUCACACUUUUCCUUAUAUCUUACUUUCUCCUACUUUUCCCUACUCGCAUUGCAACGUCAACACGAAUCUCAAAGUCACACCGUUUAGAUAAGUGAGGAACCGCAGAGCCUAAUUUGUUUAUGAUAUUGUGAAAAAGUGCGUUAUUUUUUCAAGUAAACCCAAACAUUGUGCCAAAAUUCAUCAUUAAAGGACAAUGAAGUGAGGAUCGGAUCACACACACACAAAGAAAAACGUAUAUUCAACAUUUUUAAGCAUCGAACACAUAUAUAGAACUUUUAAGAGCAUUAGAAUCCAUUUAGUAGGAUUAUUUAGAAUCAAACUCCCUCUAGUGACAGUUCGGAUUACUACGGAUCAGACUCCAUCAUCAAACCUUACUGAAGAUUAAGACAUAUCCGUUAUUUUAUUAUUAUUUUUUACAACAAAGGAGACAGCUCAAGGGCACAAAAAAUGACACCAUAAUAAAAAAGCCCGCUACUCGCUGCUCCUAAAGAAAAAAAAAAUCAAGAGGUGGCCGAAAGAGAGGUCAAUUUCGGGAGGAGAGGUGUCCUGAUACCCUCCUCUUGAAAGAGUUCAAGUCGUAGGCAGGAGGAAAUACAGAUGAAGGGAGAUUGUUCAAACUCCUUUAUUUAGCAUUAUUUAGGAUCAAGGCUCUUUUUUCUAUAUAUCUUAGGACCAGAAACAUUUGAUAUCAGCGUUAUUUAGGAUCAAACACCAUUCUGAAACAUUAAUUAGGAUCCAACUCCUUUAUGCGGCAUCUAAUCUCCCUUAUCUUAGGUUCUGCGUCCUCGUGAGUCUCAUUGAACCCUUAGCGAGCAGUGUAGUCCCUGGUCCUUGUGUGUGCGUGUGUGUGUACGUGUCCUCUGUUCCCGUGUACGUGUAUGUGUGUGCGUGUGUUGUGUACGUAGGAAAGCGAAGGUGUACAGGUAACAGACAGGUAUAGAAAGUUAAGGAAAUAGAAAGUAAAGAUGUUAAUGGUAAUAAUAAUAAUAAUAGGUGACUGAUUAUUGUUUUAUUUUCUUUCAUUGUUGUUUUUAUUGUUGUUUUUGGAAGACGGAAAUAUGUUAAAGCUUUAUUAUUUUCUUUUCUUCCAUUUGUUUCGUUGAUUUUCUUUUGUUUUUGGUUUAGUUUUGUUUUUUCAUGUAUUGUUUUUAUCAUUAUUGUUUUUGGUAAGUGGAAAAAUAUCUCUCACAUCUUUUAUUUUGUUUUUCUUUUGGUAUUUUCUUUAUUUUCUUCAUUUUUGGUCUUUUGUAUGUAUGUUCGUAUGUAUGUAUGUAUAUGUGCGUACGUCAAUGGAAUAUCCGUAUGGCUUUACUUUUUUUUUUUUCAUUUUCUCGUAUCUUUUCUUGAUCUACUCCAUCGUAACUAUGUUGUACCGUUAUCUCCUAAUUCUGUAUAUAUCACAUAAUAUAUAAUAAUGUACCAUAGACUAUUUUUACAAGAAGCCUAACACACACUGAC